GCGAGACUCCGUCUGAAAAAACAAAAAAAACCCCAAAAAACAAAAAAACAAUGUCAUGGUAUUAGUUAAGGCAAGUGAUAUUCGCUACCAUAACAAAAAUCUCUAAAAAUCUUAUGGCUUAAUAUAAUUAGAAUGUAUUAUUUGCCCCAGAGAAUUCAGACAGAUGUUUGUUUCUGCUCUAGUCACUUUCCAUAUAGUCAUUCCAAGUCCAGUCUUCUUCCAUCCUGUGGCUCCGACUUCUUCCAAGACCUUAAAAUCCUUUCUCCUUCCAGCAGAUGCAGAAGGAGAGAAUGUGUGGAGGAUUAUGUAGAAGGAUUUCACGGGCCUGGCCUGGAGAGGACACAUCACUUCCAACUCCAUUCCAUUACCAGAGCUUAGUCUAUUUCCAGAAGAUUAUAAGCUUCAUGGGGGUAGAUGCUUUACUUCAUUCAUCACUGCAUCUCCAACGCCUAGCACAGAGUCCUGAAUUACAGGCUCAAUAACUAUUUACUGAAUGUGAAAACAGAGCUGCUUGAAGAUAUAUGAGGCUAAUUGAGCUUGUGCAUUUGUUGGCUAUUGCUGCUACAGUGGAUGCUGUUGUUCAGUAUUCAGAUAUCAAGAAACAACUAGCCAAAGUAAGGAGGAACGAGGGGCCCAUGAAGCUCAGUAGAGCUUGUGAUAAUAUUUGCAAGAGAAGACUGCCUACCAAACUAACUUCAGAAAAGGUGUUUCUGGUUGAAAUCGUCGUGCCCAACAUUCCACCAGGUUCCUCACAUGUUGAAUACAUCAAAGCCUACUCCACCCAUCUGGAAUGGACAAGCAGAAAUGACUCACUGUGUUUUCCAAUUGCACUCAAGACCUGUCUCCAUAUGCCCUCCUCCUCUGCUUGAGCAGAAGGUGAAAGAGGUUGUGUUGACUGUGGAAUUUGGCCAUUGAAUCUUGAAGACAAAUGCUCUUUGACUUCACUACAACAUCAGAGGGCACUUGGCCAAGGAAGACUAGUUAGAACCAGCCUUUUUGCAAACACAGCUGAGGUAUUUAUCCUGUCUUUUCUUUAUCACAAAAGUAGCAUGGAGAAUAAUGGACAAUAGAGUUCAAGUGGAGCAAGAACUGUCCAGAAUUUGGGGAAGAAGUCACAUAUCAGUCCUGGCCAUGAUAACUGGGGCACAUGUACUAUAUCCAAGUUGAUAUCCUUAAUUUGGGGAAAGUUUUCUUGCCUUUCCCACAGCCUCCCAAGCCAUUGACAAUCCCCACAUUCAAAACAUUCUCAUUCACAUUUCUGAUUCACUUUGGGCUACAGGAACAACAGAUGUUGAGUACUUCUAGGGAGCAGAGCCAUUAUAGGUGGAGGUAGAUCUUGCAAACAGAGAGGUAGAGAGCUUUCUCGAGACCUUUGGACCAAGCAGAUGACAUCACAAGGUGUACCUUAUGCUAAGUGCCUGAUCUCUAAGACCCUCCACCAGCGUCAGAGAGACAGCAUGCUCACAACAUGACAGCUGGUCAUACAAGGUCAAGAAGAACAUGAAGACCAGCCCACCCCUGAAAAUGACAGAUCAAACUCAGCUUCACAGUGUCUCUUAUUCCAUCCCCAAUGGUGUUUAAAAACACACUUUGUCUUAAGGAACAAGGGGAACUGACCACGUGUUCACGACAGUUCAUUUCUUACCCUCUGCUUUGGCUUGACCAAACUUUAGUCAGGUUUCUCUCCUCCACAAAGAUUCCUAGACUUUGGCUGUCCCCCAAGUUUAAGCAAGCACUGAAACACUAAGGAGCAGAACAUCUGUUAACAGCUCAUCCUGAAAAUCAACUGACCAUAGGAAAAAACACUCCCUAUUGAGAUAUCCUGGUUUUGCCACCUGCUUGCCCACACUUCAUGCCCUUCUCCUCCACAAAGGUCUGGCUGGUUCUUCUCCCUCCAUACAAAAGAAAAGCUUAUUUCUGUUUGAUUUUGAGACAUUUGCAGAUAUCUGAGGUUCGCAUGUUCUUCCUAUUGCAAUAGUCUUUUUGAGUAAAGUCUCU